GGUUGAUCCACCAGAGGGCGGAGUUUCCCUUCAAUCAAUACCUCGUAUUUACGCUUUAUCAGAAUCGCUGCCUCCCUGUUUGAUAAUCUAACGGGAGGAUAUUAAUGUGUACGUAGACUUUUCCGUUGCACUGAUCAAUUAAUAUAUCCUUUAUAAUGAAUUUCGUACAGUUAGUCAAGAGUUUCUUCAGCCUACAGAAGGCGUAAAUACACGGUGGCAGAAUGCUGCAGGCUUCAGGAAGUAACGAUAGUAUUUUCGAAUCGAUUCAACGAGGGGAUAUCGAUCGAGUUUCCCAUUUAUUGCAGGAGGAUCGAGGUGUUUUGAAACAAAAAGGAUGGGGAGGUUUCACAGCCCUUCACUUUGCCGCUCUUCAUGGAAACCGGCCAAUGGCUGAGCUUCUGCUGAACAGCGGUGCUGACCCAAACAUUGCCUGUGAUGCAGGACAAACCCCUUUUCACUUUGCUUGCAGAAAUGGCAAUAUUUAUAUCAUGCACAAAAUGAUGCAGCAUGGUGCAGACUUACACACAGUAGAUGAGCAAGGGAAAACGUGUCUUCAUCAUGCAGUGGGUGGUGGAAGCGUUAUUGCCACGCAGUACCUGUGGGAGACUGGAAUGUUCCGUUUCACAGAUGCCGAUAACUUUAAGGUCACUUCGCUGCAUUUAGCAGCUUCCACAGGCAAUUCUGACGUAGUCCGCUAUCUCCUUAAAGCUAAUAGAUGCACGCCAGAGGCAGUUGACCACCAGGGGGCGACAGCACUUCAUGUGGCUGCAGAGAAAGGCAUGAUUGAGGUGUGCUGGCUACUGUUGAAGAGUGCCGGACUCCACAUUUUACACAUGAAAAACCACACUGGCCUCUCACCUCUAGACCUCUGUAAUCAAGGGAAUACAUUUAGACAUCAGCAGCUCUCCAGGAUUUUGAUGCAUUUCAGUCAAGAACCAAAAGAUCGGAUUCCUAAGGAAUCAUAUGUGAUGUACUUCUGGAUGCUGCUGUUGCCGUCUCUCUCCGGGGCUGCUGUUCUCAUUAUAGCUGCAGCUCUUGGUGAAUAUGGGGCUAUCUUUUCUGCAGUGCUUUUCCCCUGCAUGGCAAAAGUUAUUCUUUCUCAAAAUCAUAGACUGAACAGCUUUCAAAGGUUACCAAACCCUGUUUACCUGGGAACACUGACUGCAGGCCUAAUUCAUUCCAUAGCUUGCUUUCUCUAUAAAAUUGUACCUAGUUUUUGGCCAGCUUAUACCCUCCUAAAUUUUUCACUUGUCCAUUUUUGUGUGCUCGCUGGACUUUUUUGGAAAGUUUUAAACCAGAACCCAGGACAACUCAAAGAAGCUGACACUGAUUCCCAGUUUUCCAGCAUAGGAGACUUAAUAGAAGCUGGAAAGAGCCCGGACAGAUUCUGUAUUUACUGUGAGCUGAUCCAAGUGGACAACUGUAAACACUGCCGUUUAUGUGACAUGUGCAUCCAAGACUACGACCACCACUGCCUCUUCCUCAAUCAAUGUGUGGGACGGGACAACCACCGCAUCUUCAUCCUCUUCAUCAUGUCCAUGGUAAUGGCUCACCUCAUCUUCAUCCUCUGUGCGGUGUACUACCUCUACCUGAAACUCUCAGGCAUGCAGCUGUCUGACUGGAGCUCAGUGGCAGGAAGAGAAACCUGGGUCCUCCUGCUGACUCUGCUCAACUUCCUCUCUCUGACCUGGGUGGGAUGGUUGCUAGUUGAGCAGCUUCAAGCCAUUUCUAUGGGAACCACCACUUACUUUAGACGGUACAACCUCAAAGGGCCUUCUAAAAGGCAACAGUUGGGCGCAAUCCUCUCUUUUCUGCUUCAAGGGAAAAGAAGAGCGAAGCGCAGUCAGUCUUUUCACAUAUAGAGACUUUGAAAUAACAAAGCAACAUCACAGUUUAGUUUCUUGUUUUUGUUUAUAAAGGCUUGAAUAUGUAACUUUUGUCCAGAUGUUGCUUUGAAUAACAGUCUGAAGGAGCUGGGACUAGUUGCUAAAAGUCAAAGCCAGUUUACCAGCAGAUUUUGGACAGUCAAGGUUACAUCUUUCACAAAAAGAUGCAGAGUGCAUGAUCGGCACAGAUUCAUAUUUUCUAGCUUCAUCUUACCCAUUCGAAGGAUGUCAAGAUUGAUUAAUAUUUUGAGCUGAUCUUAGACCAAAUGUUGUUUUCAUUUCUCAUGCAUCUUGCAAUGAGGUGCAUUCUUCUGUUACAGUUUAUGUUCGAAACGACGUGACAGUCGAUUAGUGUAUAAUGUUAUUAUUUAUAUUAUUAUUAUAUAUAAUAUUAUAUUUUAUGUAACCAUUUACAAUGUCACCAAGUGUAUAAUGCAUCAUAUGUUAAAAACUCUUAAGAAUCUAAAAAUUGUGUAGUAAAAAAAAAAAGUCUUUUUACAGUGAAUCAGUGCAUCAUCUUCAUUCCCUCUAUAUCUAUUAUUGGAUUAAAUGAUAAUUCAGAUUAACUGCUGGUUUAUUUGGUCCCAUGCUAGACUCGAUCAGCACAAUUUUAUUUUUUAAUGAUAGUUGCAGGCUUACUUGGAGUCCGAAUUACAUUUAGAUGUUCAUUUAAAAAGAAUUUUCCUCCUUUAUCUGUAUUUACACUUAAUACUACAUGACUUUUCCAGGACAAUCACACAUUUUACACUGCCCUGGGCUCGAUUCCAUAAAGUAAUAAUGUUCUUCAUACCACUUUACCCUACUUGAUAUUAUUGCUCUUCAUUUAUUGAAUUUGUGUAAUCAGUACUAAGUUUAAGAAAACAUCCUGCUAACUGACAUAUAAGGCCAUAAUAAGAGGCACAUACACACUGCACUGCUGUUUUCACUUCUCCAUUAGCAGUCGUCAUUUCCUUAGAUGUCUCCGUCAGUCUACCAACCUUCUAGUGAUUUUACAGCUCUCCGCUUUUGUAAAUUUUCCCUUUUUUAUGCAGUUAAGUACAUAUUUUUAGCUAGACUUUAGUUAAUCUAGAGUAGUGAAUAUAAAAAACACUGAUCUCAUAGUGUUUGUAUCAGAGGGACCAUGUUUCUUCUGAGAACCACUAUUGGUUCUCCUUUUACUUACAAGGAUAUUUAAAGCAGUUAGUUUCAAAUGCCAUAAAUGACUAAGCUAAAUCAUAAGCCCUAAUGUACAACUCGGAUUGUUUACUACGAUGGAGAGACAACUGAGAUUUUUAGGUAAUUAAGUUACUUUUUUAUUCAUUUGACUUAUUUGACUGAAAGUGUUCUUAUAGUAAUUUAUUUUCAACAUCUCUUUUAACUUGACUAUGAGUAACACAGGUCAUAAAAUGUAUACAAACUAUGACUAUGUAUGCAGUAUAUUCUAGAUGCUUAAUUGAAUUCCUAAUUAAUAAGAGGCUUGGUUUAUUUAGCUCUUACUAUGAGUCUUUCAGCAUAAACUUUUUAGAUGAAUUCUCAAACCCUUUGACAUACUGUAUAUUCACUAUGUACAUUCACUGCAGUCAAAUUAUUGUUACUGUGGCAUCUGUUGUGAAAUGCAAUACAUGUAACGUGGAUGAAAAGUGUGACAGAAUUUAUUUUAGGAAACUUAUUUUUUAUCAAAGUAGCUAUGAAUAAAAAGUGUACCUAAAAAUAAAAAUUGUAUAUUUAUUCACCCCCA